CCACCUGGUCAGGCCGGUCCAUAAUCAUCGGAUGAUCUUAGCCUUGUCUUGUGAAGUCUCUUUACAAACAUGCCUUUACCCGCAUAUGCCAAUAACGGGCCAGUUGACUGCUCGGUCAAGCCAGAUACGGGAACGCUGAAGGGUAAAAGCGUGGUUGUUACAGGAGGUGCAAACGGCUUUGGCGAGAGUCAUGUCCGCGCAUUUGCUGCCGCGGGAUCAUUCGUAACCUUCGGCGACAUCGAUGAAGUCAGAGGAAAGAGCCUUGCUGAUGAACUUGGUCCGAACGUCCAAUUCAUCAAGUGCGAUGCCACGUCCUGGGAUGACCAGCUGAACAUGUUCAAGCAAGCCAUCGCCCACUCGCCCGCGAAAAGCUGUGACAUUGUCGUCGCCAACGCAGGCAUCUCGGGACCAGAUGAGAUUUUUGAGCUUGGCGCCCCAGAUCCCGCUUCCGAACCUACCAAGCCGUCCCUGCCAAUCCUUCAACUCAACCUGACCGGUGCAUUCUACACAUUCAAGCUGGGCCAGCACUAUCUUCGUGUGCAGCCCGAAGGACCGGAGCGAGACCGCUGCUUCAUUUUCAAGGGCAGUGUGGCCGGGCUUCUGGACCAACCUGGCUCGUUCCAGUACUCGGCCUCGAAAUUCGCGCUGAGGGGGUUGAUGAGGAGUGCGAGAUGGACAUCGUGGCAGGCAGGAAUCAGGGUGAAUUACAUUGCUCCUUGGUAUACCAAAACGACGAUCCUGAAGCCCCAUGUCUUGGAGAGAUUGGUCUCCAGGGGAAUCGAGUUUGCAGAAGUUGCAGAUUGUACAACUGCUGUGCUGCGAAUUGCUUGUGACAAGGACAUCAACGGGCGAUCUCUUGCCAUACUGCCUCGCUCGGUGACGGCACACGGGUACAUGGACGCUCAGCUGGAUGAUCAUGAAGAAGAGCCGUGGAAGAGUCUGCAGAGCGCCGUUCUGACGGCGUCGAUUCGGACGAUGGCUGCUGCGACUCAAAAUGCUACAUAGCUGUCGCCUCCGUGAGUAUGAACAAGAUGGCUGCUAUCGUGCCAUUCAGGCUGCCAUGGAGGAUAUGUUGGAG